AUGUCCACGGAAUCAAAGCCGACGUUGGAAUCAUAUCUCACAAACCGACCGGAAUUUGCAUCGGUUCCGCGCAUCCAAUCUCUCUACUCUGAUCUGGGCCGGCAGAAGCUGUCCAACCCGAGCGGGUAUACUGCCAACCUUGCCUGGUGGCGGACGACGUUGCAGGAGAUUGUAAGAAGGCGAUUGCAGCCUGAUCAGGACGAUGCACUUGUAUUGCAUGUCGACCAGGACCUUAGUGAUGCGCUCCGAUGGGACAAGGUCGGCCGUCCGGCAGGCCUCAGCACCGUAGUUGAGGAUCUUACUCAAGAUGGUGUGCUCCAUCCUCUAGAGCUGUUCUUGUCCUCUUCGGCCUCUAUUUAUGAAGGAGGCUCUAUUGUCGGGCGUGUCGCGGAUGUGUUGAUCAAGAAAUCGUUUUGGUGGGCUCUUGAACAUCUCAACCUCGUCAGUUCGGAAGCCACGGAGACGCCUGCGGCGAAAUGGAAGCGGGUUACUGGAGAUUACGUGGUCGUUUCGGUCCUCAAGAAUUUGGCGGAUAAUAUCAUUGCCACGCAAGACGAAAAGUCGGCCUUGACGCUCUCGGAAUCUAUCCAUAGCCUAGAGUCGUUCAAGAGAUACGCCGAGUCGUGUUCGAUUUCGAUGGGAGGACUCGCUCCGCUCUCGUCGACGGACGUCAAAGUGCUGCUCAAAUAUCUCGCAAGAGACCGUCGGGUGCUCGUCAUACAGGGUGAUGUUAUCAAAUUUGCGGAAGAUGCCAUUUCCCAAGAAAUCACAACGGUCGACCGCGGCGUGUUUGAACUAAAGUCGACCAUCGAGCGGGUAGAACAGCAGAUUCAGCACAUCGAAAUCUCAAUAGCAUCACGUACAGCCCAAAUAAAGGCUGCUCUUCUCGCGAAUCGAAAGGAAAUUGCCAAGCUACAGCUCGGAUCGCGCAAAGCGCUCGAAGCGUUACUCAACCAGCGAGUCAGCACGAUGACGACGUUGACGGCAGCCAUGUCUUCUAUUGAUCAAGCCCACGGGGAUGCAGCCAUCCUCCGUGCGUACGAGUCGGGCUCCAAAGUGCUCAAGGAGAUUAUGAGCAGACCGGAGAUGCAAAAGGAGCGUGUCGACGAGGUGAUGGACCAACUGCGAGAAGGAGUCGAAGGCGCCGAAGAGAUGCGACGUCUUGUCGAAGAAGCUGGAUGGGAGGUCGUCAACGCAGCUGGUGCCGCUGUUGAUGAUGACGAGCUUCUCAAGGAGCUGGAGGAGAUUCAGCGAGAGGAGACUUCACCGACACGAGGGCAGACUGCACCAGCGCGACAGGAACUUGAUGAGAAGCCUAUUCGGGAGCUUACUCAACAGUUUGAAGCACAAAAACUGUCUACCCCGGUGCGUACACCUGGAUCUGAAAAGGUGGCGCAGCUUGCAUAA